AUACUCUCUUAAACCAAGUGUAUCAACGACCUGCCUGCCUGCCUGCCUUUGUCACUCGCCUCGUGCUCUCCGUCUCUCUCCCUCCCUCUCUCUCUCUCUCUCUCUCUCUCUACGCUUUCCCUUCUCUUUCAGAGCUCGGUGAAUCCAUCAAUGGCGUCCGUCACAGGAGCUUCAAUUUCCCUCCGAUCUCGCCCCUCGCAAUUGCAUCGGAGCUUGGCCACAUCCAGCAUCUAUGGCUCGAGGUCAGUUUCUCUUAAUGCUUAUGGAAGAAGCUCGCUGUCAUUCAGUUCAAGGCCACGUUUUGGUCGCCUUCAAGUUACCUGUGCUGCCAAGGUAGAAAUAGUGAACAAGGUGAUCGGUAUAGUGAAGAAACAAUUGGCACUUGCAGACGACGCCGAAGUUUCUGGGAAGUCAACAUUUUCCGGUCUUGGGGCUGAUUCUCUUGAUACGGUUGAGAUUGUUAUGGGACUUGAGGAGGAAUUUGGAAUUUGCGUUGAAGAGGAGAGCGCUCAGAGCAUCAGUACUGUUGAGGAAGCUGCAGAACUUAUUGAGAAGCUCUCUGCGAAGAAGCAGGACAGCUAAGAACCCUACUAAGAAGGAGUGAUAGAGGCAGAGACGCAGGCUGAGAAAGAGGCAGCGGCAAUAUGAAGUUUAGCUUUCUUAUGACUGCUGAGUAUCUAGCAGUUUCGGUCAUGAACUCUAGGACCUUUUUGUUUUUGUUCUGACAUAAACAGUUUAGUCGUUUGAGUACAUUGCUUUUUUUUUUUUUAUAAGUAUUGAGGAGUGUCUUGCGUUC